AUGGGUAACAGCAACAACAACAUGUCCGACUCGGGAUCCAACCCUAAAGAGUUCAAGGCAUACCAGGAGCACCGCGAGUCGACUGCCGAUGGUGCGGCCCGUCGCGGCAGCCACGCGGUGGGCAACCUGCAGGUCGUCAACCCGCUGCAGCGCUACUCGCCCGAGAGCGUGGCGCAGAGCGCCAAGUCGUGGGCCGAGAGCGUCGGACUCAACGACGACGCCGACCUGUUUGCGCGCGCGAGUCUCGUCGCGCGUGACCCGGACAACUUUGGCGCGAUCCCCCAGCUGACGGACGACGACGUCGCCGCGCUCGACUAUGAGAAGAACCACAAGUGGGCCGGCACGAAGAUGCUCUAUUUCGCCAUGUUCAUCUGCGCGCUCGGCGCCGCCUGCCAGGGCUGGGACCAGACGGGCUCGAACGGCGCCAACCUCUCCUUCCCGCAGGAGUUUGGCAUCGCCACCACCCUGCCGAACGGCGAGCGCGCACCCAACGCAGACUGGAACGAGUGGAUCAUCGGCAUCAUCAACUCGGUGCCGUACCUCGCCGGCGCGCUGCCCGGCGUGUGGCUCUCCGACCCGCUCAACCACUACCUCGGCCGCCGUGGUGAGAUCUUCCUCACGGCGCUGAUCCUCAUCGCGACGCCCAUCGCGUCCGGCUUCGCCAAGAACUGGGGCUCGAUGAUCGCCAUCCGUAUCGUCAUGGGCAUCGGAAUCGGCGCCAAGGCCGCCACGGUCCCCAUCUACGCCGCCGAGAUGGCGCCGACCCCCAUCCGUGGUGCGCUCACCAUGGGCUGGCAGCUCUGGGUCUGUUUCGGUAUCUUCCUCGGCUUCGCCGCCAACGUCGUGGUCAAGGACGUCGGAAAAAUCGCGUGGAGGCUGCAGCUCGGUUCGGCCUUCAUCCCUGCUCUUCCCCUCGCCAUGUUCAUCUACUUCUCGCCCGAGUCGCCCCGUUGGCUGAUGAAGAAGGGCCGCUACGCCGAGGCCGUCGUGUCCAUGAAGAAGCUCCGCCUCCACCCCAUCAUCGCCGCCCGUGACCUCUACUACUCGCACGUCCUGUACGAGGAGGAGAAGGCCGAGGCGCAGGGUGCUGGCUACGUUUCCCGUCUCCUCGUCUGCUUCCGCGUGCCCCGUAUCCGCCGUGCCACGCUCGCCGCCGGCACCGUCAUGCUUGCCCAGCAGAUGUGCGGUAUCAACAUCAUCUCGUUCUACUCGUCGACCGUCUUCAAAGAGUCGGGCUCGAGCGACACGCAGGCCCUCUACGCCUCGCUCGGUUUCGGUGCGCUCAACUUUGCCUUCGCCAUCCCUGCCGUCUUCACGAUCGACACCUUCGGCCGUCGUGCCCUCCUCCUCGCCACGUUCCCCGGCAUGGCCAUCUUCCUGCUCGCGACCGGCCUCGUCUUCAUUCUUCCUGUUGGCCAGACGCGUCUCGGCCUCGCUGCCACCUUCAUCUACAUCUUCACUGCCUUCUACUCGGUCGGCGAGGGCCCCGUCUGCUUCCUGUACGGUGCCGAGGUGUUCCCUACGAUCCAGCGUGAGCAGGGCAUGGCCUUCUCGGUCUUCAUCAACCUCAUCUUCGCCGGCGUUCUCGGCCUCACCUUCCCCCGCAUGAAGGGUGCCAUGGGCCCCGUGGGCGCCUUCUGCUUCUACGCGGGCAUGAACGUGCUCGCAUUCAUUUGGAUCUUCCUCUGGGUGCCAGAGACCAAGGCCCUGACGCUUGAAGAGCUCGACGAGGUCUUUAGCGUCCCCACGUCCGAGUACAUGAAGUACCAGACCGGCACCUGGCUCCCCUACAUGAUCAAGAAGUACCUGUGCUGCGGCCGCCCUACCCCCAUCCCUCCCCUCACCAGCAAGAGCCGCUUCGACAGGGACGAUGCGACGUACGCCUAG